GCUGCAGAGAUGCGCGACACAGAAAAACAAGGAGAAACGAGGGAAAUGGAGAGAAAGCACAGUGAAGGACAGUAACCACUGAAAAUACAAUCAUCUGAGAUGUUUCGAGACACCGAGAAACACCGUCGUCGCUUCACACUUUGGACAUAAAAACGCGGAGAGGGCUCGGAUCGUACAUUGAUCCGAAUACAGGGGACGGGAGGGGUCGAUCAUGGGGAACGAAGCGAGCCUGGAAGGAGGCGAAGGGCCUCUGUCUGGGCUACCAGAGGGGCUGGCACCUGACGGGAAGGGCGGCUUCGUCCGGGUCCCCGAAGGGACUCCGGUCAACCUGAGUGAACUCAGCGAGGAGCAGAGGAGGCAGCUCGCCGCGGCGAUGUCAAGGGCGCAAGGCAGGCAGCCCGGAGGCGCAGCAGCUGCACGAAGACCAUCAGAAUCUGAUACCCAUCAACGUUCCCAGCAGGUAGGGGCCUCCAGGGGCCCUACAGGUCUUAGUAAGAGUCGCACUGUAGACGCCUUCAACCAGGGUCCACCUGUCAAGCUCACCCCGGGCCGCAGCCCCUCGUCCCUCAGCCUUUUUGAAUCCAGAUUCCGGCAGGAGCCAAAAGAUCCAGAGACCAAAUCAUCCGGCAUGUUUGGCUCAAGCUUCCUCAGCGGGGCCAACCCCCUCAGUGCCGUGUCAUCUAUGACCUCCUCUGUCUCCUCCUCCAUAUCCUCCAUGGGCGAUACUGUCAACAUCCCCAAGUUUGGACUAUUUGGGGAUGAGGAGGAGGGAGAUGCAUCUGCAACACCUGAAUCCAAGCAGGGAGGAAAGUCACCAGCGAAAGGCCCUCAGCAAGGGUCAGGUCCAAAGGGACCGCAACAGGGAGGACCUCAGAAACAGAGUCAGGGCCCUCCUGGACAGGGGCCAAAGCCUGGUCAGGGACCUAGGCAAGGUCAGGGACCACCAGGCCAGGGGCCCAAAUCAGGCCACGGUCCUCCUGGUCAAGGACCCCCUGGGCAGGCCCCAAGGCAAGGUCAGGGACCACCCAGCCAAGGACCCCCAGGGCACCAGGCCCCCAAACCAGGUCAAGGACCACCGGGUCAAGGUGCCAAACAGGCUGGCCCUCCCCAGCAAAAAGGUGGACCCCCUCAACAAGGACCUGGGAAGCAAGGGUCACAAGGCCCUGGGGCUCAUCCUGGGGAGCCAGCUAAGAGCGGAGGGCCUCCUGGUCAGCAGGGGGCUGGAAAGCCUGGAGGUGGACUCUGUUCACUGUGUAAGACCACCCAGCUGAAUAUUGGGUCUAAGGACCCCCCGAAUUACAACAACUGCACUGAGUGUAAGAACCAGGUCUGCAGCCUCUGUGGGUUCAGCCCCCCAGACUCAGCGGGUAAAGAGUGGCUAUGUCUGAACUGCCAGAUGCAGCGAGCGAUGGGCGGUAUGGAUCCUCCUGGCAUGACAAGGCCCAAACAAGGCUCGGCCCCGCCCUCGCCCCAGAGACAGGCACCUGGCAAGCCUGGCAAGCUGCUGAUAAAGCAGCAGAGUACCACCGACCAAGCGUUAACGCCGCCAACCACACCAAGGCAGAAAUCCCCAGGUCCUACCUCUCCUGGGCCGCUUUCCCCUGGCUCCUCAUUGGGAGGGUCCCCCAAGAUUGACCCCAAGACGGGCCGCCCCAUUCAGCCAAAGUCCAGUCCUCAGCAGUCUCCAGCUAAAGCCAAACAGGAGUCCAGCUUUUUUGGGGGUUUAGGAAGUAUCAGUCUGGGAGGCUUAACAGACUCCAAACCUGCGGGUGUUUCACAAGCUACAGAGUCUGUUACAGGGAAACUGUUUGGCGGGUUUGGCGGUUUGAUGGAAUCGUCGAAGCCUCAAGCGCAGGCCGUGCCAAAGCAGGAGGCGUCAGUGGCUGGGAAGUUGUUUGGAGGUUUUGGAGGGUUGAAAGAAUCAGCAAAACCUCCCGCUGCUGCUUCUAUGUUCAGUUUUGGUUCGUCACUCUUGAGUUCAGCCACCAAUCUUGUCUCUGGAGAGGAAGAGAAGGCAGAGGUUUCUCCGCCUGGCUCACCGCCAGACUCUGGACCAGGUUCCCCUCUGGAUUCUGGCCCCGGCUCACCACCGGACUCCCCCUUCUCUCCUCCUGGGUCUCCUCUUGAUUUGGACUGUACUCCUGACACUCCACCUGCUAAGUCCAAGAAACCCUUCAGAGCCAUUUCUGUGGAGCAGGAAGAGAAGGCGCCAGCAGCCAAACCUGCACCUGCACCUGCACCUGCACCUGCACCUGCACCUGCACUGGCACCUGCCCCAGCCCCAGCCUCAACAACCACGGGAAGCUGCCCUCUCUGUAAUGUGGAGCUGAACAUUGGAUCAGCAGACACCCCCAACUACAGCUUCUGCACCGAGUGCAAGAAGACAGUUUGCAAUCUUUGUGGAUUUAAUCCUACUCCCCAUUUAGGAGAGAAAGAAUGGCUUUGCCUCAACUGUCAAACCCAAAGAGCCAUGUCUGGCCAGCUGGGAAACAUGCCACCUCCCGCCAUGGCUUCCCAAAAGUAUCAACCACCUGCUCCUGCUCCCUCUUCCACCCCUGCCCCUGCUGUUGUAGAUAGCAAACCUCUAGUAGAAGCCGCAGACCUAACCCUACCAGUUCCUGAUACCAAGGUGAAAACAUUGGAGACUUUGAAAGAGCCUGGAGAAAAAGAAAUGGCCGCCAUGGACAGCAGUCCCACCAGCCCAUCAGACAUAGCCAAGCUGGAAAGCACAGUCCUUCCCAUUCUUGAGGCCCAAGCAAACACGCAACCAAAGGAUGACAAGGAGAAACUAACAGACACUCUAAAGACCAGACGUAAAUUAGAGGUGCUUCCUCUCUCACCUGGUUCACCCAGCUCGGAAGAUGACAGAGAACUUUCUGACAAGAAUACCAAAGGCACCACGAAGAAAAAGCUCCUUGUUCCCAUGGAUGUAAGGGCAGAUUCCCUGGAUGAUAGCAGUGAAAGCUUUGGAAAAGAGAGUCCAAUGUCUGGGGAUGAUGAGGACUUUAUCCGAAAACAGAUAAUGGAAAUGAGUGAGAAUGAGGAUGCUUCCCCGUCUGAUGAGGAAAACCUAAUAAGGCGCAAGAUCAGAGGAAAUGAGAAGAAACAAAUGGAACAGAAGACAACAGAGGCUGUAGAGAGGAGUACAUCAGGAAAAAACAGGCGACUUACCAAGAAAAGCACUAUAAGUCCAGAUGAUGAAGAUAAACAACUCUAUGGCUCUUUGGAUAAACCUGAUCUAGACAAAGAGGAGGGACAUGAAACAAAUGACAAGGAGUGUCAUAGUGGUACUGGAGUUCGCAAAUUUGAAACUAUGGAGCUGAUUUCAACCACCAGCCCAAUACGUAUACCUAAUGAUGAUGGAGAGCCUGAAAUGGAAAGCCUUACAGACUCUCCAGAUGAUCGAUCUAGAGGUGAGGGGUCGUCCAGUCUACAUGCAUCCAGCUUCACUCCUGGGACAUCCCCAACAUCCCUCUCAUCACUGGAUGAAGACAGUGACAGUAGUAGUCCCAGCCAUAUCCGUUCUGGUGAGGGUAAACAACACAGGAAAGCCAAACACAGACAACCUGGUCAAAUGCUGCCAACUAUUGAAGACUCUUCUGAGGAAGAAGAGUUACGGGAAGAAGAGGAGCUGCUCAGGGAGCAAGAAAAGCAGAAGGGCUCUGGGAAGAAAUCCAAGAAAGACAAAGAAGAGAUUCGAGCCCAGAGGAGGCGAGAGCGUCCAAAGACACCACCAAGCAACCUUUCCCCCAUUGAAGAUGCCUCACCAACAGAAGAACUAAGGCAAGAAGCUGAGAUGGAGGAAAUCAGGCGAUCAUCCUGCUCUGAUUUCUCCCCUAGUAUUGAAUCUGAUUCUGAAGGAUUUGAAAUCCAUCCUGCAAAGAUUGCAGCAGUUCAGAAAACCUAUCAACUGCCUAUAUCGGUAUCUCUUCACUCCCCAACAGAUGAUCAAAACACUAAUAAACCACAGAAGAAAACACUCAAAUCUGCUGAUGAGGCUUAUGAGGAAAUAAUGCUAAGGGCUAAGUCUCCAACACAUGACAAAGGCGAGAUUCAACCGGGAAAAGAGUCCCUUUACGGAGGCAUGCUUAUUGAAGACUAUGCCUAUGCAUCUCUUAUUGAAAAUUCAACAGCUGAUCUGGGGGAGACAGAGAAGAUUGUUGUUCCUGCUCAGCCCAAAGCACUGAGAUCACCAGAUGAAGUUUAUGAAGACAUGAUAAAGAAGAGGAAGGAAUUCAUGAAACUGGAGCAGGAAUAUGAAAAUAUGCAGCCUAAAAUGGAAAGCACUUACCCAGAAAUUGUGUUGCAACCUGCUGAGAAUACAUUCUCCAAAAGCAGCAUAGUAACAUUAGGUGAAGAUGGGAAGCCAUUGUUGGAUGCUGAAACUGCCUAUGAAGAACUAAUUAAAAGAGCACUGACUCCUGGAACAAGUCCAACUCAGCAGGAUCCAGAAGUGGAAGCUACUGCAUCUAGAAGAGCACUCCAUCCCAUUCCAGACUUAAAGGUGACACAGUGCUCUUCAGGAGAGUUGUCUUCUGAUGACGAGAGUAUGAUAAAAAAGGAAAAGGAUAUAACUGCCGUAUCAGACACAUCAGCCAUGGAAACUGACCAUGUAACAGUGUUUACCGAGUCCCCUCAAUCACCCACAUCAGAUCUGCAAGCUCACACCACAAUUGCAGAAUCCCAGGAUGAUAUUAUUGACUUAUCCAGUGCACUCUCAAGAACAUCAACCCCUGUAAUUGUCAGUGUAUCACCCUUGCCCACUGUCCCUCAGUACACACCAGGUAUUCCCAGCAUAGUGUCAACUGCCCCACCUAUUCCCCCCAAGCCUAGUGUCCUGUCUAGGGCUAAUUCUCAGGAAAAAGAAGACGUACCUGUUGCACCACCACUGCCUCCUCCCACACCACCAAAACCUACUGUUUUCCCAAGGAAAGCCCCAGUUCCACUUCCACCUCAGGCUUCAGCAACUCCAAUCAGGCCAGAGAUCGUGGCUAUGACUGCAGCCCAAGGACCUCCUACAAGACAGGCAGUUACACCAAUGUACAAACCUCAUGUUCCCCCUCCAGUUGCCCCUAAGCCAUCCAUUCAUGUAGCGAUUGGGGAUAGCCACCGACAAGGACAUGGCGUAAAACCACCAAUUGCACCAAAGCCUGGCUCACAGCCUUCUUCACCUGCCCAUGCCUCAUAUCCAUCAAGACCCAAUGCACUUCCCACUGGUCCUACUGACAUAACUGCCCUAAAUCUGAGCCCUUCUUCUGAGAGUAAGCAGUUUCAACCCUCACCAAAGUCUCCUUCUUCUCCAAGAUAUGCCAGCAACCUUCGUGACACAUAUGUAGUCAUCACACUGCCAUCUCAGCCCAGCUCUCCUGUAGACAGUGUCUCAACUGUAGCUCCCUCUAGCCCCGCAUCUCCUUUACGCCAAGCUCAGCCUCAAAAUUAUCACCAACCACAGCCCCAACUUCAAUCCUAUCCACAACAGCAUCCACAACCAACCCCCCCUCUAACAACCAGGGUGCCUCUGGCAUACACACGAGUCACAGAAUCUAUUGAAAGUCAAGAGAUUUGUGGCCCAGAAAAACACGUAUCUAGUUCUUGUCACAUAAUUGAGGCUAUAUCUGCGUCGGCACAGCCACCUGUGGUUAUGCCUAACCUGAUCUCUCAAGUGGUGACCACCGAAGUACAAAGGACCACUGUCUCUGUUGUACAUGAAAGGACAACGCCACCAGUGCCAGCUCCAAGGGCAAAUGGUGUCCCAAUCUCCAUGGAGAAACCUAAGCCCCAAUUGCCAGCACAAAAUGGACAGGCCCUCCAACCUUUUGAGGUGGUAGAUCUUAGGACUAUGAAGGUGAACACAGCAUCAGACAUGAAUGGUGUGGAUCUGUCUGCUGGCCCAGACACAAGACGUCAUUCUUUUGCAACUGAAAUCAGUCGCCAGAACAGUGCAGUGCAGUCACCUGUGGUCAACCUCAGUGCUGAAUCAUCCACUGUUUCUAUAGUGACUGAUAGCAUCACCAUUGUGACCUGUGCUGCCACAAUCCAGCAAUGUGACAAUGUAGACACCUCUCAAGAAUCUGCAGUGCCCCUUCAGCUAACAAAAAACAAAGCAUUUGAGCCUGUUUCUCAAAUUGUUUAUCGACCAAUUGAUUCUCAGCCCUCCACUCAUGCUGGUACAGAGACCCCUAUUAACCUCUCAGUUGGAUCAACUACAGGUGGAGGAACUUUCCAGAGCACCCCUGUGACUAUUGCACCCACUUAUAUUACAAGUUGUGCUGCCAAUGGAUUAACUACGGGUACAACCACAGUGGCAGGAGCUGUUGACCUUAGCACAACAAAACCAUUUAACACUAUGGUAUCAGUGGAUGCUCUUUCUGCAGAAGCGGUCACAGCUGUAAUCACAGAUGAUGAUGGCAAACCAGUGGAUUUGACUGCAGGAAAAAGAGCGGUAUGCUGUGAUGUUGUGUUCAAGCUCCCAUUUGCAGGAAGCUGCACUACUGAGCAACCGACCACACCCCUGCCUGAAGAUCGUUUUGGAUAUCGUGAUGACCAUUACCAGUAUGACCGAUCACCUUACGGCAUGAGAGGAUUUGGUGGAAUUAAACCAUCGAUGUCAGACACUAACCUAGCCGAAGCUGGCCUGUUCUUUUACAAGAGCAAGAACAGCUAUAAUUUCAGUGGUACCACAGAGGGUGCAGUAGAUCUUACCUCAGCAAAGAUUUCUGAUGCAGGUGAAGCUGUUGACUACUCCAAGAAAGGGGCUUAUGCAGGAAUGACAAUUCCACCUUAUUCCCAAGCCAGAGUCACAAGUCCUGUUGGUACACUCUUUGGUACAAGCAGCGUCUUGAGGUCAUCAAAUGGGGUGGUCUAUUCCUCGGUUGCCACACCAAUCCCAUCAACGUAUGCCAUUACCAACCAACCUGGGUCCAUCUUUAGUACAUCAUACAACACUCUGUCAGGUAUGCAUACCAGCGACACCAUGCCUUCCUUGUCCAACCUUCAGAAUUUGCCACUUACAAGGUCCCAUAGUUUCCUGUCCACUAUCUCCACUACUGCAACAGAAGAACAAGGAGAUGCCCCACUCAAUCUGGAGAUCUCUAGAAGGGGUAGUGCUGCUGCUUUCGCAACAGGAACAACCUCUUUAUCCCUUGAUUCUUACACUGAUGCAUCCCUGGAGGCCAUAGCUGCUUCACUGGAGGCUCUGUCUUCCCCCAUGGUUCCUGGGGAUGGCCAGUAUCAGGCAGAGCGUGAGAGACUAGAGAUGGAGAAACUCAAGCAACAGCGCCUAGCUGAGGAAUUAGAGUGGGAGCGCCAGGAGAUUCAGCGAUUCCGAGAGCACGAACAGCUCUUGGUGCAGAAGGAACUGGAGGAGCUGCAGGCCAUGAAGCAGCAGAUUCUGAACCAACAAGAAGAUGAAAGACAGGCUCAUCUUAUGAUGCAGAAAGAAACCUAUGCCCAGCAACAGCAGCAGCUUGAGCAGAUUCAAAGACUCCAAGAGCAACUGCGCAUGCAAUUGGAAGAGCAAAAGCUUCGUCAGAUGUACCCAGGUGGGGACAUUCCAGGGCAUGGCGUGCAGGAGGCAGUUGUCUUAGGACCUGAUGGCACAGUGCUGUCCCGAAAGAUCACGGAUAGUGGGUGCCAGACAGAUGAAGAAGAUGAGGCAGUCAGUAAAGCUUACACUGCAGGGAGAAAAAAGAGAAGUGUUAAAAAGAGUGUUGACAGUUGUGUGCAGACUGAUGAUGAAGAUCAAGAUGAAUGGGAGGCUCAGUCCAGAACCCGACAAAGCCGGCCACGCACUGCCAGGGGUGAUAGGGGUGGGCAGUCAGAGAUGUCUUUUAAAGCCCACACUGAGAUUUCUAUACAAACAGAUACUGAGGGGAACAUUAUUAUGGACACCAGGAUGGAGCUAUCUGACUCUGAAAGGACCUCACCAAAGAAACGACCUACCCCCUUAGAAAUAGGCCAGGCUACUAACCUCAAAGUUGAUUCCUCUACUCUUCAAGCACCUCCUAAAUCUCCCAAUGUGCUAUAUUCCCCCAUAUCUCCCUGUAUAUCCCCUAGCAAAUCCCUUGAGUUUGUAUCCUAUGAGAAAUCCCUGGGUGAUACAAGCCCACAAAAGCUAAGAAGUACAGAUUCAUCAAAAUCCUCUCCACCGAGUCCCAGGGGACCAAAAGUCAUGCAGAGAUCCAUGUCUGACCCUAAGCCCAUGAGUCCAACAGGAGAAGAAAGAGCAACGUCUGGUGAUAGCUACACUGGGAAAGGCUCAGGUGGCACACCAACAGGCACUCAAAAGAAGGUGAAGAGGACUCUCCCUAAUCCACCGUCAGAGGAUGAGUCAACAACUACUGGCCAGACAGCAUACAGCACUGGUUCGGCCCGCCGAAGAAUGUGCCGCAAUUCCAACAUGGCACGUGCCAAGAUACUGCAAGACAUUGAUCGUGAGCUAAAUCUGGUGGAGCGUGAAUCUUCCAAGCUCCGCAAAAGACAAGCAGAACUAGAUGAGGAAGAGAAAGAGAUUGAUGCCAAGCUUAGGUAUUUGGAGAUGGGUAUUAAUCGUAGAAAAGAUGUGUUACUGAAGGAGAGAGAGAAAAGGGAAAGGGCCUAUUUACAGAGUGUUGCCGAGGACAGAGACUACAUGUCAGAUAGUGAGGUUAGUAACAUCCGAGAGACGAGAGGUGGCCGUGGGAGUGGUGAAGAUGUGGAGAUUGAAAGUCAUGGUCUUGAACGUCCCAGGACAGCUCCCCAGUCAGAAUUGGAUGAGUUUGUACCACCUCAAACCAAGCAUGAGUAUGGAAAAUACUCCCAGUACCAAUACAAUCAAACCCAAUACCAGCAGUCCCUUUACCAGACUCCUCAGCCCUACCAAUCUCAAUCUCUCUACUCCUCUGUCCCCUCACUCACUAGCUCCCAGCAGCAGAGUUACCACCAGAUGCUCCUGUUGCAGCAGAAAGCUGCCAGACAAGCAGCCCUCCUUUCAGAGCUAGAUGCAACUAAAUAUGAUGUCAUUAGCCGCCAGCCUGAUCCCACAUCAUCAGCUUACCUGGGAGUCAAGUAUGACAAAUAUGGCAACCACCUUGACCUCAGAGCCUUGGAGGUGGGAAGUAUGGCACGUAGCCCAAUGUCAGCUGUCUCUGAUUCCUAUUACACAGAUGUAGAUCACCAUACACCUCGGAGUUACAUGUUGCUGGAAGAUGCUGCAGAACUGGCUAAGGGCUCCACAGGUAUGUCUUCAUCUUACAGUCUGGCCGAGAGGGAGCUGGCCAAGGCAGAGAAGCUGUUGCGUAGGAGUGCUGCAGAUCUGGGGUCUACAGACUAUCUGGGAUCCACCUCUAGACUCCAUACUUUUGGAAAGACCCCUGAUGAAGAGGACACAAUGGAAGAACCCUACGAAUUGAAACUCCUGAAGCAGCAGCUCAAGCAAGAGUUUAGGAGAAGUACGGGUGGCACAGAAAACAUAGAACAACUGACAGGGCUCUCCCAGCAUUACUAUACGCCCAGCUCUAGCAUUUCUAGUUACUCCCAAAGAAACUAUCCAAAGUCAGACAAGUACAGCAUCAGUCGACUAACUCUAGAGAAGCAGGCAGCUAAACAACUCCCAGCAUCAAUGUUGUACCAAAAACAUACGAUUCCAUUGAUAGAACCUAAAAUCUCCACCAAGUAUUCCUCUAGUACAGACAACAGAGGUUUGGAGACAGAUUAUACCAGCUAUAUUGGGUCUACCAGUGCAUCAGCAAGAGCCAGCCGGCUCUCGCAAGAUGAGAUUACUUUCGGCCUUCGUAAGAAUAUUGCAGAGCAACAAAAAUACCUAGGAUCUACCCUGGGUGCUAACUUGGCUGGGUCACUAAACUUAGGCCAGAGUUUAGGUUUGGACUCUGCUUAUCCCAGUGGUAGUCGCUCAAGACCCUCAUCUAGACCCACAUCUUGUUAUGGCCUUGAUUUGUCUAUCAAAAGAGACCCUUCCAGCUCUUCACUGAGGCUCAAAGGGGACGGUGAAACAUCUGGAGAUGUACCAAGCUAUCAAACCCCCUCUGGUCGCACCAAACCCACCAGCCUUCCCAUUGUGCAAAGUGGUCGUGGCCGACUACCCAUAGUGGCCCAGAACUCGGAGGAAGAGAGUCCUUUAAGUCCUGUUGGGCAGCCAAUGGGCAUGGCCCGUGCAUCAGCGGGACCUCUGCCACCCAUCUCAGCGGAUUCAAGGGAUCAGUUUGGUUCCUGCCUGUCCUUGCAGGACUCCCAGCAGCAGCAACAUAUCAGGGAAGAACCAACCAGGGGUAGGGGUUAUGUGCUGAUGGAUGAUCUUCAGGGCACCAUGUCAGAUAGUGAAGCUCUAAGUGAUUCCCUGAUGGCUUUGAACAGAGAGGAUGCAACCAAUGCCUACCACCUUAGACGAGAAGAGACAGACUGGUUUGACAAACCUAGAGAUGGGCGGUCAGAGAAUGGACACGAGAAGAGACAGGGGAAAGGCCCAUACUACCCCUUCCCUCACCUCAGGGUCAAACUGCAGAGGGAUCCCAAAGACCGCAGUGUCUCAGGAAAUGGUCUGGGUAUCCGUGUGGUUGGAGGGAAAGAGGUCCCUGGCAGUAAUGGAGACAUUGGAGCUUAUGUUGCCAAAGUCCUACCAGGUGGAGCUGCAGAACAAACAGGAAAGAUUCUUGAAGGAAUGCAAGUCCUGGAGUGGAAUGGUGUUCUUCUGACGGGGAAAACCUAUGAAGAGGUACAAGGGCUUGUCGGGGAGCCGUGCAAUGAAGCAGAAGUGUGUGUCAGACUUGAUCUCAACAUGCUGGCUGAUUCUGAAGAUUCAGACCACCUGGAUUUCCAGGAGCACAGCAAAGGUGACAGACCUCCCAGGUCUCCAGGUGUUGACCCCAAGCAACUGGCGGCUGAACUACAGAAGGUGUCCCAACAACAGGCUCCCACCUCCACCUCUUCCUCCGGCCUGCCCCCCACCACCUCAGCCCCCUCCAGCCCCGGUCAGCCAGGAUCACCCUCCGUCAGCAAGAAACGCCACAGCAGCAAGACUGCAGAGGGAAUGAAGAUCCAGUCCCAGCCCGUCUCUGGAGAGAUACAGCUUCAAAUCCACUACGACAAGCAGCUUGGCAACUUGAUCGUUCAUGUCCUGCAGGCCAGAAACCUCGCCCAGCGGGACAACAAUGGCUACUCUGACCCGUUUGUUAAAGUGUAUCUCCUACCAGGGAGAGGUCAGGUCAUGGUUGUCCAGAACGCCAGUGCUGAAAACAAGAGGAGGUCCAAACAUGCAGGCAAGAGUCUCAACCCCGAGUGGAACCAGACUGUCAUCUAUAAAAAUAUCCACCUGGAACAACUGAGGAAGAAGACCUUGGAAGUGAGCGUGUGGGACUACGACAAGUGCUCCUCUAACGAUUUCUUAGGAGAGGUUCUUAUUGACCUGUCUAACACAGCCCAGCUGGAUAACGUCCCGCAGUGGCUCCUCCUGAAGGAGCAGAGCGAGGGGGAUCACCACCGGCGCUCCCACUCGGGACAGAGCCGACACACUUCCUCUAAACCCUCCUCACUGCACUCCUCCCCUAAAACCACUGGCUCCGCACAUGACAAUCAGGAUUCCCCAAAAUCAUCUGUCAUCAAGAGCCGAAGCCACGGGAUCUUUCCAGAUCCGGCCAAGGACACGCAGGUGCCCACUAUCGAGAAAUCUCACAGUAGCCCUGGCACAUCGAAGCCUUCCCCGUCCGAGGGCCAGAGCCAAAGCCAAAGCCACGGACACAGCCAACACUCUCGCUCGCACGGCGCUUCACGCUCCAGCAAAAGUGCCGCACGGCACCACCAUCAGGACAGCGGCACUGGAAGCGGCGGAGGCGCUGCCAUAGCAACGGGCGAAGCCCCGCAGCAGUCACAGCCGCAGCCGCAGCCGCCACAACGCCUCCAACCAACUCGGUCGAGCUACAGAUCCGGUGAUGCCCCGGUCACGGCAGCCUCAUUGGACAGCGGCCUGAGUGGCAGCGCCUACAGCCUAUUGGACGAAGAAGGAGAGACAAACGAGGUGGACAGUGCCAUCUUCCAGGUGCCCCGAUUUGGAAAGAUCCCAAACGGCACAGACGGGAAAUCAUCAAUGGGACUCGGUGACACUGAAGGUAAGUCUCAAAUAAUGGGGGAGAUAAAGAUCGCUCUGAAGAAGGAAGUUAAGACGGAGGGUGAGCAACUGGUCCUUGAGAUUCUUCAAUGUCGUAACAUCACCUACAAGUUCAAGUCUCCAGACCACCUGCCUGAUCUUUAUGUGAAGCUCUAUGUGGUGAACAUCGCCACCCAGAAAAGAAUCAUCAAGAAGAAGACCAGAGUGUGUCGUCAUGACCGCGAGCCAUCUUUUAACGAAACCUUCCGCUUCUGUAUGAACCCGGCCGGACACUCACUACAGCUGUUCUUGGUGUCCAAUGGUGGCAAAUUUGUAAAGAAGACCUUGAUUGGGGAGGCCUACGUGUGGCUGGACAAAGUCGACCUACGCAAGCGAGUGGUGAGCUGGCACAAACUGCUCGCAAGCACCGCCCAGAUCCACUCAUAGAAGGAGCCUCAAUCAAAAAAACUAAGCCUGGGAGGGCACAAAGAAGUUUCUGUCAUCUGGGGAUGCUUAGAUUCAAUAUCUGUAAUACUGUUCCACUCUUGUUGGGUGGGGGAAAAGGGUGGUUUGGGCACGGGAGGGGGCAAAAUAUCUCUUUCUUCAAUAUUUGUUUCAGGGCUCUGAGUUUUGAAAGAUGCUUUUGUUCGUAAGGGCAGCUCUGAUGAUGGUUUCUGUCAUGCAGGAAGUUUGGAGGAAGUAGUAUUGCGUUUACAGGAAACGAACAUAAGUUUACAGGAAGUACAGUGUACAGUAGUGUAGCCAGGGCUGAGGAGAACACAGGUGCUGAGUUCAGAGGUCAAGCACGGAAUCAACCAGGUAUUACACACUUUAAUUCACAACACUCACACACACACACACACACACACACACACUUAUUUACGACAACUUUGCACACUCAUUCACGCAGAAGAGACAUUUUAAUUCUACAGGGAAUGGACACACUAUUUAUUUAUUUAUUUAGACGUUUUAUCCAUGAAAGAUUUUCCUCAUUGCUUUAUUAUGAGCGCAGAGUUUUAUUGAUUUACAAAGCAUUUUGGGAAUUAAAUAGUGAAGACUCCGCUACGGAGACCUCAUAUUUAUUUUUGUAUUAUGAUAUUAGCGUAGAGUUCUAUCAUUUGUCUUCUCCUCAAUUAUUUAAGUACUUAAAAAAAAAAUUAUCCUGGGAAGGAAGCAUAGUAUAUUUUAUAACACACUACCUAGCAUUCCAGUUCAUGAGAAGAAAAUAAAUCUCAGCAAGCAUGAAUCUAUUAACAAAAACAUCUCCUUUUUUCUCUCUUUAAGUGUAAACUCAGUUCUAUCAAAUGAUGAUAAUCGUUUGAUAAUGAUCAAUAUUAAUAUAUAUUAAAUUGGAUACUAUAUAUUGUGCGCAUGAGUCUAUCUAUUUGGUAUGCAUUGCCACAUGUUCUGCACAAAAAGAAUCACCUCUAAGGUUCACUUUGUAUAUAGUGAAGUGUCAUAGCUGGAAAUUAAUUAUAUCAUAUAUAAAUAGAUAUAUAGAUAUCUUUAUCACAGACAAUCGAGUCUUGAUGAAUGUGACAUAGAGUUUUUAUUUACCCAUGAUGCCCCUUAGAAUGUGAGACAUUUACCAUAUGAGAUUUAAGUAUCGUUAGUUUUUCUUUGUGAGAUCCAGGCACAUUAUGCGUCUUAUAUCAGUCCUGCUUUCAUUCAUAGGAGCUGUCAACUCAACAACGCACGCUUUUGUGGUAUUUUGCACUUUUUUCUGCUUAGAAUGUAAAACUGACGUCCAGAGAUUUGUUUCUUUACAAGGGCAGGAAGUAGAGAGGUAAAGUUAAGUAAGGAAAAUAACAGAAGAUAUUGUAGCGAACAAAAGACAAAUGUGCCGGAAACCAUCCACGAAAAAGCACUAUUAUCAUUCUAAGAUACGACAAUGCUAUUACAGUAGCAUGUUGAUGUUUUGUCCCAGUUUUUUUGUCAUAUAUGUGUUGUCUUGAUAUUACCACGUACACAAAUUGUCAAUGUUGUGUCUUUAAAAGUCUACUCUGUCCAUUAUGUUUUGAAAAAGGUCAUUGUGUGUGCUUACGCGUGGGUCAAGAGGCAGGACGGCUGGUUCAUGUAACAUUUUCAGUCCAACUUAGCAGUGAAAGUUAAUAUCUGAGUGAUUUCUAUGCAACAUCUACUGUAUACAGGUGGUAACUGCAUCUUGACUCGCCAGAAAUGUGAGAGGAGAGGAAGCAUUUAUAUCAAUUUUUCUUUGGCACUGCUCUGUUUUUCGCAUCCUCCAUGAAGUGAUUAUGGCUUUAAUAUGAUUUUUUAAAAUGUUAAUUUAACGUGUUAUUUUGUAUUGCUAUCCUAUUCUUUAUUUGUCGCCUGUGAGACUAUGUCUUAUGUUGUAUUAUAUUUGUUUACAGUUCAUAUCAGGUGUACAUAAAAGAAAGUUGUUUUUAUACACAAUGUAGUGCUUGUUUACAAGGUUUAGAGGGCCUGAAACUCAGAAAACCAACUUUCUUGUCCUUGUGCACAAACCCACACACACAUACGGAUUUUAAUAUGCACAGAUCCUGAAUUUCACAUAGUUAUGAAUCACAAAAACUCAUUUAAAUGAUUCCUUUCUUUGUAUGCACUCCCCUUUUGAAUAGUUUUAUUUUCCAGUAUGUGUAUGAGAAAUGACCAAAAGAGACAACAGUGUAAACAAUGGACGUUAUACCUGAAAUGAUAGUAGUUUUAAGGUCAGUGUGUGUUUUUGUUUUUUCUUAUUUUUAUACCCAUGUGCUUGUGUGUAGCAUCUUCAUACCAAGUCCAUGCAUGCCAUUGGCUCUAAUGCAUCUAUCUCUUCUUUUAAGUGUUGUCUGUCUAAAAAUAUCGACUUUAAAAUCUCUCGUAAAACACAAAGAGUUACACACUCUCACACAAACACACACACACACAGAUGCUAUCUCUCUAUUUCCAACCUUGUAAAUACAUAGCUUUUUUAUACAGGGGUUUGGGGAGCAAUAGGUCUUUUAGCAGACAAAAAAAGGUGUGUGAUCAUAGAAGUAAAAGGAAGUUGUUUUUCUCUCGAUCAAUGUACAGCGGAUAGACAGAGAAACGACCUUAUGUCUGAAUAUAGGGACCCAGAUGUACCCGACCCUUAACACCAAACACUAAAGGUUUACCAGAGUCUAACUACACAGAAGUCUAUCUUAACAACUCAAGCAGUUGCAGGAGAAUUUAAAUGUGCUCACACUGGAUGUUGCAUGUUUUGUUGGUGGUUCAUACUAUUUUUGUGUCCAGAUAUUAUUAAAGAAAAAAAAAGAAUGAGGUAGAGAAAGAUAGAGAAAGAUAGAGAAUAAAAACUGUUAUAGAAGAGGAAAUUAUGAAGAGAACCUAUUAAAACUGUUGAUGAUGUAUGCUGACUGUACAAAGAUUAUGCUUGUAAGUAAACAGAAAAAAAAUUCUACUGUCAUGGUUUUGUGAUUGUAUACAGGAGGUAUUGAUAAAUUAUGCAAAUUGUGCUGUAAAAAUGGCUGUUGCCCCAUGUCUAAAUAUUAAAUAUCAGUACAAAUGAAA